CUGUUGCUGCUGGAGCUGCCGUUGUUGCUGUUGCUGUUGUUGCUGCUGUUGCCACCGCCACCAGUCAGUCUCAGUCUGUCACUGUCACCAGUGGCUACAGUACACAGCCCGGACUCUGCUUCAACAGGGGGGGACUCCAGCCAGCACACACUCACACACACUAACACAUACACACACACACACACACACACACACACACACACACACACACACACACACACACACACACACACACUGCCUCUCACCUAGUCGAACACCGCCCAGGCUACUGCCUGAAGGACUGCUUCACCGGAUUGGCUGACUUGCCCGGGAAGAUCCAGCACGGGAAGGACACCAGAAGGAAAGGAAGUACAGUAGGGCAGAUAGCCAUUCCGGGAUCUCUGUGGAGCCGUCGCCAGAGCGCUGUGUGUGUGCGUGCGCGGGCGCGUGUGUGUGUGUUUGUAGUGGCAGCAGCCGUCUCCGCUGCUGCGCUCCGCUCACCUGUCCGGCGUGUCUGGGUCCCAUGCCGGCCGUGGCUGAUGGAUUAGGCUGAGCCCGCCCGCCCGUGCGCACGCAAGAGAGCGACAGAGAGAGAGAGAGACAGAGAGAGAGAGAGAGAGAGAGAGGAGGAGAGGGAACCAGAACUGUGCAGCGGAGUGGACCGCACCGCACCACACCGCGCCGGAGCGCACCGCACCGCAGCCAUGGGCAACCAAACAGGGAGAGCCGAGGAGCAGGAGCCAGGAAUCCCACCAAAGAAAUCAGGGAUACCUGCUCCCAAAGAGAUGUCGACCACCGUCUCCAGAGAGCGGGUGUCCCUGCGUGACCAGCUGAAAGGCACGUCCACCAAAAAGAUGGUUCCUAGCGCCAGCACCUCAAGUCUGUCCACGCUGGCCAAGCGCAACCAGUCCGCCAAGCCCAAGCUGGACGCAGAGGGCGCCGACAAAGCCCUCCUGGAGUGCCAGGUGAAAGAGCUGCUGGCCGAGGCCAAGGCCAAAGACUUUGAGAUCAGCAAGCUGCGGACGGAGCUGCAGCGCCACCGGGGCAAGGCCUCGCCCGCCGAAGGCACCGUCGCGCCCGCAGAGGGCCAGGGUGGCGAGGGGGAGCCGGCCGGGUCGUCGCCCGUGGACCCCCAGGCGCUGGUGGGCGAGCUGAAAGAGAAGAACGGACGCUUCCAGCGGGAGCUGGCGGCCUUGCGAGACGAGAACCAGGCGCUGAAGGAGAAGCUGAUCUCACUGGAGAGCGCGCCGGUCCCCAACGCCAACACCAGCCCGACCAAACCCUCCGUCAACGGCAUCCUCCCGGACAGCACCGCCGCCCCGGCCAUCAGCAAGAUCCCGCUCAAGAGCUCCACGUCGUCCGGCAGCGACAUCACCAAGGGAUCGGCGUCGGCCUCCCCCUCCCCGGACUCGUCCGAGUUCGAGAAGAUCCCGUCGCGCUGCGACUCCAUCAGCAGCGGCGGCGACGCAGGGGCCGGAGACCCCACAACAACGCCGACGACAACGCCGCCCACACGCGAGCAGUCGGUGGAGUGCCUGACGGAGAAGAUCCAGCAGAUGGAGGAGAGCCAGCACAGCACGUCGGAGGAGCUGCAGGCCACGCUGCAGGAGCUGUCGGACCAGCAGCAGGUGGUGACGGAGCUGACCGCGGAGAACGAGCGGCUGGCCGAGCAGAAGCGGCGGCUGCAGGCCUCGCUGCAGGAGCAGCGGGAGCGCGUGGAGCUGCUGGCCCAGAAGAACGAGGCGCUGCUGCUGCGGCUGCGCGACCAGCGCGACGAGUCGGCCCGCAACGGCGAGCUGGAGCGGCGCUGCGGCGAGCUGGCGGAGAGCGCGCGCUUCGAGCGCGAGAAGCUGGUGGACAUCCAGCAGCAGCUGACCGGCAGCCUGCGGCAGCUGGAGCGGGAGCACCAGGAGGCGCAGGCCGAGGCGCGGGACCUCCGCGGGGAGCGCGAGCGGCUGCGGGCCGAGCUGGAGCGCGAGCGGGAGGAGCGCGGGGAGGCCGAGCGGGCGGCAGAGGAGAGGGACGGAGAGGUCGAGGCGCUGAGGGACGAGGCGGAGAGGCUGCGGGCGCAGCUGGAGGCGGAGAGGCUGAAGGUGACGGAGCUGAAGGCGGUGCAGAGCGCCAGCGCGGACAGCACGGAGCUGCAGGGCCUGCUGACGGCGGCGCACCACGAGAGGGACCGGCUGGAGAUGGAGUGCACCGCGCUCAGGCAGGACGCGCAGCAGGCGCACGGGGACCACGAGCGGACCAGAACCGCCCUCGCUAAGGCGGAGGCGGAGCUGCAGCAGGUGCUGCGGCAGGAGGAGGAGCAGAAGAGCGUGCUGAGCGGCAGCGUGAGCGAGCUGCAGGAGCACGUGCAGCAGGCCGAGGCCCAGAUCAAGGACCUGAAGGAGACCAUCUUCGAGCUGGAGGACCACGUGGAGCAGCAGCAGGCCGUCCACCUCCACACCAAACAGACCAUCCUCGACCUGGAGAAUCAGCUGAAGAAGGUGGAAGAACACAAGAUGGAUCUGGAGAAGCAAAUGAAGGCUAUGAAUCGGCAGAUGAAGGAGGACAAGGAGGAAUGGCUGCGCUUCCAGGCAGACCUGCAGACGGCCGUGGUGGUGGCCAACGACAUCAAGGUGGAGGCGCAGCAGGAGGUGCGCGCUCUGCGGCGCCACCUGCAGGAGGAGCAGGAGCGCAGCAGCCGCCUGGCCGGAGAGCUGGAGCAGCUGCAGCUGGGCAGGCUACAGAGCGACGAGAGGAGUCCGCCCGCGCCGGAGGAGAGGGUCCAGUGGUGUGGCAUCCCCGUGAUGACCCAGAACGCCCCCGCCAGCCUCAACGGGAGCGAGGGGGGAAGCAGCGGAGGCACUGCUAGUAGCCAGGCCAAGACAGCCGCCUCGGUCAAAUCCCUCAUCAAGAACUUCGACCGGCCGUUCGAGAGUGAGGACACGAGCCCCCCUCUCCCCCUGCUCUUUCCCUCCAACCCCUCCCUAACUUCUGGAGCGCAACAGCUGGUUGAUGGUCCUGCUAAAGGCUUGAAGGUCAGCCUCUCCACCCGCAGCCCAUUGAGUGGCAUACCUGUCAGCACGUCCCCCUCUGCCACAGUGCAUCCUACUCAGAGGCACACUGCAAUCAAGCCACUGUCCAAGACCACACCAAGAAAGGUCAACUUCUCUCACCCUGACCCUCUCUCCAGCCCAAGUGACGAGCUGAAACCAGUGUCGUUCAUGAGGAAGAGCCCGUCGCUGGAGUCUGUGAUUAAGAGCCCUGCAGCUCUGUGCACUUCCCUGGGCUCCUACGGCUACACGUGGGACAACAGUAAACUCAGAGCGGAAAGAAAGGACCCUUUGGCCGCCCUGGCCCGGGAGUACGGAGGAUCUAAGAGAAACGCUCUACUGAAGUGGUGCCAGAAGAAAACAGAGGGCUAUCCGAACAUUGACAUGACCAACUUCAGCAGCAGCUGGAGCGAUGGCCUGGCCUUCUGCGCUCUUCUCCACUCCUACCUGCCGGCCCACAUCCCCUACCAGGAGCUCAUCAGAGAGGACAAGGUCCGGAACCUGACGUUGGCGUUCCAGGCAGCAGAGAGCAUUGGCAUCAAACCCUCCUUGGACAUUGACGAUAUGAUGCACACGGACAGACCAGACUGGCAGAGCGUCAUGCACUACGUGUCUCAGAUUUACAAGUAUUUUGAGACUUGACCUUUGACCUUUGACCUGAGAAGAAUCAGAAGAGACUGAUGGCACAGAAGCACUUUCUGCCUGGUCCUACAAACACUGAACCUCUACACUCAUGCAUAUACACACACACACAAACAAAACAAAAAAGCAAAAUUGUUAUUGCACACGUAUAGUUUCUUUUUAUCUCAUUGUGUGUUUAAUCAUCAAACACAGAAGACAACAACUGUUAUUCAUAUCGUUUUUUUUUUUUUUUCAAAUGCAUCUCUUUGAGCAAAUCAAUAACAUUACAUGUCAUGAUGCCACACUACAAUUGUCUAUGUGCUUGAAAGUUUUUAAGGUUUAUUUAUGAGAGAAUUUUUUUUUUCAGUCAGCCACCUCUAAAUGCCAACACUACUCACACGGUUUCAGUAAUUCUUUCAGCGUCACAACAGUUGAGAUAUUACACAGAGCCAGAGAAGCAGAGAAAACAUGUGACAAGUGACAUCGCAUAACAUGACCAGCUUUGAUUGUCUGUGGCUCACCCAGACCCAGCUAGCAGUCUCUGAUGGAAGAGCAGUGGUGUUGUGGUCGAAGAGGAGAUUUUGUGGUGUUGGAUCUGUUUUAAAUCAAUAAAUAAAUAAAUAAAUAAAUAAAUAUAAAUAAGUAUACAGUGAAGAACCAUUCUCUGUAUUAUUUUAAUGUUUAACUGGAUGGUAUCAUGGAGAUCUCUAAUUCUUAUCUUCUAUGGCUGUAUGUAUAGGAAUUGUUAUUAUUUAUUGAUGAAAUAUUAAACUAAAGUUUUAAGCAAAGUGUGUAUAUUUUCUAUUUGCAAGUUUGAUUUUUACUAUAAAUGUGAACUAGCUGAAAACGAGUAUUCAUAAUAAAGUUUUUGUCAC